GUUUCACUUUCAAAGUGGCAUCACAGGUGGAUGGUUCUUUUAAAAACCCUGGCACCAAUGGAAUGAAAUGGAACACGUAGGCAGCAGGAAGAUUCGCCGCCGCCCACACCAGGGAAGUAAGGCUGGCACUGGGCUGCAUGUGUGCCACCUCCAGGCAGCCAGGAGACUCCCCAGGGCAGAGAGGGCCUGCCCAGCACCCAUGGCAGCUUCAGCACUUGCAGAGGGCAGCACCCCCUGGGGCCUGGGGUGGGGGAAGGGAUUGGCUCCUGGGCCGAGCCUCAUCUUGCCCAACGUGGCCUGUCAAGAUGAGGGCCUGGAAGAGAAGCCAGACUGGGCAGCCAGGCCUCUGCCCCUCCCCUUGCCUGGUGGCACAGCCAGCACUGGCUCACUGGGAAAGCUCACAGCUCCUCACAGCGAUCUGGUAUCUUGAGCGUCAGUUUCUGGCCGAAACUGGGGGCUCCUGACUGAACUCCCUCCCACCUAGAAAACCUUCUGUGCAGUCUGAUUGCUCCAACACCCACAGAGCAGGAUUCAGGUAUCCUGGACACCUUGGGAGGUCCCCAUCCAGAGGUCUGCUGUCCUGCCAGGCUUGGGGCAGCAGGGACUGGGACCCCACUCAGACCUCUCUGGGGCAAAUGUUUUGGUUUUCACAACAGCCCUAGUGAAAUCAAUCCUAGACACUCCCAUUUGGUCCCACCAAGGCCAUUUAAUUUCUCUGUAAAGGGUAAGAUGACACAAAGGAGCCAACUAUGGAAACAGUGAGGUGGGAGUCUGAACCGGUUUAGCUGUUCUCAGGUGGCACAGGGUGUUGACGGUGGUUUUCAUCUGCCACCUGCCUCCUUGAGACCCAGCUGGCCUGAGUGUGCACGAAAUGGGACCUUCUCCUUGGGUCCACCAGGCUGGGAGGCACCCCUAGGUACCCGGCCCCUCAUCACAGCGGCAGCCCUCUCGGUUCCACAUCUGGUUCUCCUGACGAAGCCGCUGGUUUUCGGUCCGGAGCCUCUCGAUCUCGGCAGCCAGCUCCUCCACCUGGCGGCAGGACUGCUGGCCGGUGCACGCCUGCAGCUGCUGCAGCCUCCUAGUCUCCUCCUCGGCCUGCGACAGCCGCUUCUCCAGCUCCAGGUAGUCUCGCACCAGCUCCUGCUUGCUGCGGCCCUGCAGGCUCUCGGUGUGGAAGCGCUCGUAAAUCUCAGAGAAGUCCUUCCGCUGGAACUCACCGUGCGCUCGGCCCCGCCCAUCACCGUCCCCGGCCUCACUCUCCCCACUGGAACCUGGGUGGGAGAUCCCAUGGGGCACAUCCAAGUUGGGCUCCUCCGGGUCUCUGUCAUUCAUCAGGAACUGGGUGGUGUUGUAGGGGGCCACGGGCUGGCCUUUGGCGAACAUCUCCUCGCGGACCCGGGAGGCCCUCUGGCUCUGCCUCUCAUCCCGCUGUUGUUUCUCAGCCCAGCUCAGCUCCAGGUAGGGUCGCCAGUGCCUUUUGCGCUUCGACGGCCGCCGACGGUGUUUCUUCCGGGCCAGCA